AUGAGACAGGCUGCACAGAAAAUUGAAAAUCUUGCCGUUCUUUCCUCUCAGCAAACAACUAAUCCUACAACUACUACUCAGACUCUCCAGUGGAAUGCUCCCCCUGCUAAUGUGUACAAAGUCAACUGGGAUUCUGCUGUGGAUAAAGUGAAUUGCAAAGUGGGUGUUGGGACUAUUAUUCGUGAUUGGGAAGGAAGAGUGAUAGCUUGUAUGAGGAUGUGCAAACCUUUAUUUCCUAACCCUUAUUUGGCUGAGGCAUUUGGUGCUUUGCAUUCUGCAAAGUUGGCUAUUGACAUUGGACUAAAACAGAUCAAACUUGAAGGGGAUGCAAUGAAUGUUAUAAAUGAUAUUAAAGGCAACAAAGCAAGCUGGAAACAAACUGGUUUGAUAAUUAAUGAUAUCAAGCAAGUGUUGCGAGGUUUUGAUUCCUUUUCAAUUGAUUUUACACCUAGAAGUUGUAAUAAUUUGGCUCAUUGUCUAGCUAGAAAUGCACUAAACAUUACUGAUGUCCUUGUUGAUAUUGAGGAUAUCCCUUCUUGUAUUGCAUCUUUAUUGUAA